AUGCCUCCCUUCUACCACCGUCUCCCAUACCCUUGCGCUUCAGGCACAGUCCCCAAAUUGUCCCAGGAUCCCUCCUCCCUCGUCCAGCAACCAGCAGUCGAAGUGUCGCUCCCCCAUCAACCCGCCUUUGACGACCUUUACGAGUACUACGACCCGGAACGAGAUCCCACACCCCAACGCCAGCAACAAAUAACCACUCCCACCUCGCAGAGACGUCCUCAGUCGGCGCAGUCCAGCGGUGCCCGGUCGCUACGAAGAACCCCAAGACUACAAGAGCGACGGGUGACAACACGGUCUCCUCUACGUGCUAGACGAUCUCAGCCUCUCUCUACAACACCACCAGUCCAGUUUGACGAGUCCGGUUCUACCACCCCGAGCUUCUUCCAGCGACUAGUCUCGGACGACGUCUAUCGGCCUCGGAGGAGCCUCCACGUCUCUCGCCAUACUCACGACGCCAUCUUGUUUGCCCUGGAAGCCAUCAGAAGAGGUGAUGGUGUUCACGCGCAGCCAUUAACUGCCGAUCCACUCGAAGAAGAGGCUCGAAUGUCAGAUUUGGUGAGGGGCACUGCGCCCGGUACCGCUGCUGUAUCGAGCCGAACUCAGAAUGGCGGAGCAACUCGUGCGGCCGCGGCUGCUGGCACUGGACCGACACCCAGCGAGCCUCCUCGAUAUCGCACCCCUACCGAUGUCAUGCGAGACCGCCGGGCACGGGAAGCUCGGAGAGCCGAGGAAGCGGCGGCGAGGUUACGUCAAGAGGAGGAGGCUCGAAGACUACAAGAAGAACAAGUUGUUGGCGUUGGGGACGAUACCGCACGAAGACCGGCGGCCAGGCCCAGUGCCCAGCCUCAAAUCUACAAUAUAGGCGGAGCCAUCCCUCAGCCUACUGGCCCGACGUCGCGGCGGCAAGAGAACAUACCUCCCGCUCAACCCAGCUCCUCUAGGACGGCCGCGAGGGCUCCCGACCCUGUUGCAAGAGAACCCAGGAUCUCUGCAGCCACACAGCGAAAUCGGACGGAAGCCUAUGAGCAGCUCAGCAUUCCUGCACCGGCUAAACCGGCGGAACAGGUGCCACGACCCAGUCAACCACCACAACCACAACCCCGGACCCAAACUGUUCCCCAAUCUGGCUCUCAACCGGUGCAACAGCCGGCUGCUCAAGUUGCUGCCGCGGCGGCUCGAAGCCGCUUCCCCAAUGCAUUUGAACGCUGGGAAGAUCUAUCUGCCCGUUGGGAGGGCAUUGUGUCAUCUUUUAUCCAUCGCAUGGAAAACAAUGCUGAUGAAUUGGCUGGGAAGCCCCUUGAUCGGCAAAUGGCCCGACAGAUUGACGACUUGUCUCGGGCAGGCGCAAAUCUGUUUCACGCGGUGGUCGAACUGCAGCGUCUUCGAGCAUCGUCCGAGCGAAAGUUCCAGCGCUGGUUCUUCGAAACCCGGCAUGAGCAGGAGCAGGCACAGGAAAGGCAGGCUGAGCUCGAGCGUCAGCUACGUGCUGAGAGGGAAGCUCGAACGCUCAGUUCCACCUCGAUCGAGCAGGUGCGCGCAGAAAGAACCAGAGCAGAGGAGCUGGUAAAAGAGAUGCGCCGCGAACUACAAAUUAGCAAGGAAGAAGCUCGCCGUGCCUGGGAAGAACUGGGCCGACGGGAGCAGGAAGAACGUGAGAGGACCAUUGCACUAAGGAGCGGAGAGCCCACCCUCAUUGGCGGCGUCCAGGUGGUACCGAUGCAAGGUCUGCCGAGUCGGCAGGUGAGCACGGCUCAACGUCCACAAACGAGAGACGGGCCAACCGGUGGUGCAGGGCCAACAACCAUGUCUGGACAGCAACCACAACAGCGACCUCACUCUCGUCAAACAACAACGACGUCUCUCGACUCGCCUGGCGAGGAAAGCCGGCAGUUCACAUUUCGUCCCGACACGGGUAACUCGUCAAACAUCACCGACCCGUUCACAGAAUCAUCCCGGCAGCGUGAACAACAAACCCAACUGCGUCGUGAGCCCGAUACACAAUUUUACACUACCCCUCCCCGACCCACACAGGCUGCGACAAGUGGUGCUGCAAUUGCUGCUGCUCGUGCUGCAGCAUCCGGAGGGCAAUCGCCCGGGAGGACCCCUGGUGAGUCGAGGUACCAGCCGACUGCCACCACCGAUGCCCAAAUGUCCGGUGCUUUGCCUACGCCAGUUCGUCAGGGUACUGGAGGGACAGAACAGUCAUUUAUGCCCUCCAACGCGUCCCUAGCACCAUCCGAGGAGGAAUACCAUAUCAACCCCGAUGGCAGCUAUACCCGGGACUCGCAAGGCCGUCGCAUCCCUUAUCGCCAACCACUUGGACUUGGAACGUCAGGGUUGGCUGGAGAAAUUAGCGAUGAUGAAGGUGAAAUACCGGAAGGAAUAUCAGAGGACGACGACGAUCAUGCUGCCGACGCUGAGCGAGAGAGAUUGUACGCCGCACAGUAUAGGCAACCCCAGUCUUCGCAACAGCCACCGACCACGUCCGGCGGUAUUCCUCGUACAACGAGCGGCGCCCUUCCACCCAUUCCGCAAGGUCGAACACUGGAUCCUCCAUCGUCGCCCUAUGAAGGACAAGGCUACGAUCCAAGCGUGCCACCCGCAGUAACCCAAGCCAUGACGGGCUGGGAGAGCUUGCAGACCCGCGGCCACCAGCAUCCGACCAGGCUGAGCGAUAUCAUUGAAGAGCAGACUGCGAGGACGAGUCCUAGCCGGACAAGCUACGUUAGUGGUUCAGGUGUUCUCCCCGGCGACCACGGAAAUGGCACUGGACCUACCGGAACAGGGAACGGCGGUGGAAAUUCCUCCUCCCGGCGCUGA